CAAAGAAAAGCGAUAGGUAACCCAACCCAACCCAGAUCUAGUUAGGAUACACCACUGAGUGAUCCAGACAGAAUCAGGCCUUCUGUGAUCCGAUCCUUCUCCUUGCAUUUGGCAUGGGCCAAGACAGACACGGCACACCGCAUGAGAUGCCGGGUUGGUUGGCGACCACAUCGCCAACUGGCCCGGCAUCUCCGACGGCAAUGGCCCCGGUAGGGUUUUCCGAUGGGAAGGCUGGGAUGGAGCCACAAGAUAGGGAGAUCAACGGAUAAAUCCAAGAUUCACCGUACGAUGAAGCCGCCCAUCACGUGUAGUGAUCACGGAGGGUGGGCCCAUACGGAAUGUGGACGAGCCUGGGCAUAAUAAGAGGGAAAGGAGUGUAGUACUACGGAGUACAGUCGAGGUACUGUAGUUUGUAUUGUGCUCCGCAUGGAGUAUUGUAUGUCCGCGGUCAAGGAUUGAUUCGCCCGCUCAACUAGGGCAAGCAAAUCCUGUGAUAAGCGAGCGCUCCUUCCGGUAUCUGAGGAUAACUGCAGCUGCAUCGGGGAAGGGGGGGCGUAAGCUGAGGAAAAGUAUACUCUGUCUGCCCAGUGCCCACGGACCAUAAGUCGAAGGACCUAGCGACUGGGAGACGUCCCUAAUGGCCGCCGGUCGGGAACUUUUCUGUACUAGGUAGUUGGAUGAUUGCUUGGUGCUUAGUCUUCGGACACGGGGGGAACUCGAUCGGGCUUGCGUGCUGAGAAUAUGGGUAUCAUGUUUUGGUGGAGUGAUGGCGAAAUCUGAGCGGAUGAUUUGGUAAAUAGAUCGUGAAGCGGUGAUGACGAGACUCCACAGUAUAAUAAAUAAUGAGUUUGUUGCGUAAAUUAUGAAAUACAUAGCUAAGUCAAUUUUGGUUCUCCUUAAGUUUGUAUUUCCUAUGAGCGAUGGACCAUUAGACUAUAAAGCCUUGUCGGAGUCCAACCUCUCGUUCUGGGAGACAAAAGCCUGUUCGGGAAGGGAGAUGCGACGGUGUUUGAGGAUACCCACUUUGGGGAGGGAUUCACUUACUCCGGGCUCUAUACUUUCAAUCAGAUCUGCUUCUUUCUAAUGGACUACGGAGUAGCUUAUGACAAGAGAGGUUAACGAGGGUAAGUAUACUUAAUUGAUCGCUAUCCUCGUGUGACCGUCGGGUGUUGGGUAAAAGGAGUGCUACCCUAUCCGACAAUGCGAGCAUACCUAUCGGUCUAUCUACGGAGGAAGAAGGAAAGAAAAUGACAAAAAAAGCAACUCAGGUCGGAGCCCGUAUGUAUGGUGGGAAUAAUUGGCCUGAUUUAUCAAAGACUGAAGAGUAUCGGUCGGAAGAACACUGGAUUCUUCAAAAGCCGUCGGUCAGGAGUGCCACGAAACCCACCGCGGUCUGACUGUUCCGACGAGAGAUUGGAGUAGUAGUUCCAAAAAGGGAUACGCAAUGUUGACACAUUAAUAACAUUAUUCCCAAUCCACUGGCUAGUGAACUGGACCCGCCCACAAGCGCGAUAGUUCCGCGAUCACUCGAUCCCAAAGGGGGACCGGGGACAGAUUGAUUAAGUUCGGCCUUUGAAAGGACAGUCAUGAUAUAUACAGAUUCUAUCAAUCAUAAAAAUUGGCCAUAGCUGAGAAAGGAAGGGCGGAGAGAGAGGGGGAGGGGGAGUCCGGAAUUACCGUGGAAAGUCAACCGUUCGAGGGUUCCCCCGGUCCUAACAUGCCAUCCUAAAUUAGGUCUAUCUGCAGACAAGGAUUGCCAGAUGCAGACGAGGUGGUCUAAUAAAGGUCCAUCAGACCAUAGAGACAGUAGCUCACUUUUACAGCCUCAGCUAUGCAAUCCCAGGAACAUGUACAGUAGAACCAUACCGUCCAGCGCAUGCGAUUCCGCCCGCCGAUCCCGAGGUGGAUCCUCCGGUGGACUUGGACUGGUGGACUGGUGGACUGAAAGUGUGGACGGUGGACGGAGACUGACGGACUCUCGUGACUUACGUUAUCGCGACCCAUCUCGUCCCAUAAACACCCUCUUCCCGAUAACGUCCCUUUCUUCCGAUCUGAACCUUGAAUCUUGGAACCCCCUCAACUCGAUUUCUCGACUUCCCUGCAUUACUCUCGCCCUAUACUAUACCAUUGAACCUCAACCACCCAUUCCGUCCCUUUGACUCCACCUUCGGCCUGUACCCGUGCCGCUUGCCGCCCAGCAUUUUGCCUGGUUCGCCCCGUUGCCCGAAGCAUUCUGACCUAUCCACCCUCGACCGAUGUCGUGAAUUUAGAUCCUAGUCCCAAAUCGGCUCAUUCACCAUUUUAAAUACAUGUUAUCGAGUCUAUAGCUGCCGACAUCACAUCAUCUUGCCUUUGCGGCCCUGCCCCCCCUUUCGAACCCAUUCAAAUGAUACCCUUCGGCCGACUUUGUACACCAUGAGCCUAAGAUGAUCCCCCAUUCUUCCGCCGGCCAACCCUGGGGCCACCCGAUGCGCACCCUCAAUGGAGGCCCCGGACGGGUUGACCUGGCUCAAAUGGCCGGCCAGUACGAUUCGCCAUCGGUCUCUUCGCAACAUUCCAUAUCGCAUUCGCAAUUACAGUCGCAACCGCUGCCGCCGCCACAGCCGCCCAUCCGCCAAACACCCGUGGUGGACUUGACAGCUGGCGGAUUCGAGUCGCACGAUCGAGAGCCCCCGCCAAAACGACCGAGACUGGAUGUAUCGAGUGGAUCGAAUUUGGGUGAGGCCGGCUCGACAAUGAAUAGUGUUGAACCGCGGAGCACGCCGAGCAGCGCUGGUUCGCGGCCGCAGCUUUCGUGGCGUGGUCGACCACUAUGGUCUUUCCAGGCUGUCAUAUCGGAGAUUCCUGGAAGCGAGAACCGCGGGGAUGGUGCGACGGCUUCGAAGCCAUCGUCGCCACCUCCGUUUCCCGCGCAGCCGUGGACUAAUGUUCGGCCAGAGCGUCAGGGCAAUGCAGAUUCGAAGUCUCGCGAUCCAUCUCCAGUCAAGAAAGUUUCUACAACGCCAUAUCGUAUUGAGACGCCUUCUGCGGCUCCAAUUAUCAAGGGAGAUAAAGUCGCCGGUUUCGCCCCGUGGACUGGAAAUCACCCGGAAGAUAUAUUGAACGAGCAGACAGCGAAACAAGGUUAUUAUGAUCGUACUCAGGUCUCCCAAAAUGAAUCCAACACCGCGCGCCCGGCUUUGUACGCGCAGCUCAAGCACCGUACGGGCCUGCAGAUGCUUUCGUCCGUAUUCACUGCGGCCCUCGAGAAACGCCAGAAUCACAACGCUGUUCACGCUCCAUCGACUUUCAAACCACCGCCACGAGUCACGCUGACCGAUAAUAAGCGAGAAGCGUGGCUUCGCGAUCUUGCCAACUCGGCCGUACCCUUGCGCCGAUUAAGCCGAACCAUUCCCCACGGUAUUCGUGGCAAGGUGCUGCUGGAUCAGUGCCUGGGUAAAUGGAUUCCGGUGGCUCGAGCCGUUUGGCUUGCAAAGUGUGUAGGUGCCAACGAGAUUCGUGCGUUCAAGCGCAAAGGCACCAGCGGCGCUUUGGCAGUGGGUCUAGAGGCGAAGUGGGUUCGUGAAUGGACUACCAACGUUCAACAAUUCGUCGAGGGAGUCUUUAGUGUGCCCAAAUCGAAUGACUGGAAAGCUAAGAUGACCUACGCCGUGGGAUUGACUGCUCGACUCUUCUUCGAAAACCUCCUCGACCACGAUCAUUUCCUGGAAUGGUUCUUGGCAUCAUUCGAAGCGGCUUCCUUAGCUACCGUGCCUGUCUGGCUGCUGAUGCUUGGUAUAUACUGGAACAACCUCAUGCGAUAUCGACGACGAGGACGACGACUAGCGGAAAUUCUACUUGAAAAGCUAAGACAGGUCACCGCCGCCAAACUCGACCCCUUGCAACCUCUCCUUGAUCGCUUAACUCGUUUCGUCAAAAAGUUGGUUCACGAACAUACUUCAUCCAUGAUUCUGCCAAAUUCAUGGGACACGUAUAAAGAUCAAGUCUCCUCAUGCCUCAAUCUCUCUAAUAAAGUCGACCGGGCCCUGUUCCAAAAUAUUGCGGAACGAAAUGCCCGAGUACAGCGACCUCGACACCCUAAACAAUCCGCUCAGCGUUCUCCCCAUCAACGCAUCAUCCGUCUUCUCGACUCUAUUCGCUCCGCCCACGACAUUACCGCAGUUUCUUCUGCUUGCCUAGAUACCAUCGAUGAUCGGGCCAUUCUCGUUUCAAAACUGCUAGAAUGGCUUGCCACACCGUUCCGUCAUGGCAUCUCCCGCAUCUAUGUCGGCGUCCGUCUGCUACGGAAGUGGAAGGCAUCCGGGGUUGAUGUCGACGAGCAUAUCCUUUCCUUCCUUACGCACGCCGAUAUUAAUGAGAAGCUCAAUAUGGAUAAUGUUUAUCAUGCCAUCUCCGAGCUUGUCAGGUCACAGACAUUCUCGGUUGGCCGGUACCUGCAAUGGUUGAUGGCAAAGGGUGUGACGAAUCGUCAGCCCGAUGACACUCUGUCAGCCAUCGAAACUCCCGGCGACAUCGGAUUAAUAGCACAAAUUCCCGUUGGCCGCCUCCCUGAACACGUUGGCAAUCUGCGCAAAACUUUGAUGGCGCGUACUGGAUUCUCUGUCUCGGAAGAGGGCGAAACGGUUGCCAACAUCAAGAUCUUGAUCUGCCAUCGCCUCCCGGGCCUCUUUCGUUCAGCGAUGUUGUUGGAUACAUCGCUCAAAUCGUUACCGCAGAAUAUGACAUGGGCUGUGAAGGCUGAGAUUGCCCAGUGGCUUCGUCGCGGUGUUGUUGAGCAUACCCGUAUGAAAGCUAAUAAUUUGCGAGCUAUGCUUCCAGGUGAACUCGGUCAUUCCAUAUCUGCGCUCACAUCCGAAGAGUUUUACAUCGUUCGUGAUAUCCUUGAGACUAUCGGUGACAUCUCUAUAUUGGCAGAUGUGCUCAAGGUUGUGUCGAGCUCUAAUGAUAGCACUGUUCUCGCAUCCGUUGCAGACACUACCAAUUGUCAUUUUGACUCGUUGUCUGUUAUUGGCGCAACGAUGGACCUGUUUCGCAAAUUGGUCGAUGCGUAUGCCGGCAUCAAACGCUAUGGCAUGCCCAGCCUGGAUUUGAUGUUUUCACUCAUUGAGCUUGGCCUUCGGAUUCCAAACGAACUCAACACUGUCGCCAUCCUUCGUCAAGAUCUCUCACGCAUGGAAAACAAAUCUGUUGUCGCUGCUUGUUCGCCUGUUUCGGACCAUAUCCCGGAUAGCUUCGGCGAAGCCGAUCCCCUCUUCCGCGAAAAGCUUGAUCAGCUCUUGCUCUUGGGCAAUGUUAUGGAUGAGCCCACCCUAGACACCAUUUUCAACAUGCUGGCAAAGCAUUUGGAAACCGGCGAAGGCAAGACGAAGCUGUCGGCCAAUGAUACCUGUAGAUAUCUAGCGCAGUUGCGGUCCUUCCAGCCCAAACAUUUCGAUAUGAUUCUCGCCCGUUGGGUUUGUGGACACCUCAGGUCAUCCGAUCGGACAAUACUGCUUCGCAUUCUUCCACCACUCAUUGGAGUUGGAUGCGUGACUAUUCGGUCAUUCCUAUCACUCGCCAAGAGACUGUCAAAUUCCGUUAACUCUAUCCCAAACGCCGCAGAUCUGCCCGCCGAUCUAGUUGAACUUCUUGUUCUCCACGACGAGGAUGGCAGAUACCUCGAUCUCGUUUCCUACCGAUUCCAACUCGCCCAGCAAGAAUUCAUAUCCAGGAACACCGAGCAGGCUUUGGAAAUUGUCUGUGACGCCGCUGCCUGCCUCAAAACUGAUGACCAGAAACCGGCUCUCAGGUAUAUCAAUUUGGAGACGUCCAUGGUGACGCUAUUGCGGGAGUUGUUUGUGCGAAACCCCGAAUGCGCGAGUAGAUAUUGCUUGCAAAAGAUCGGUGAUCAGUCCCCGGCCGCAAUAUUGGUUUUCCAAAAAGCCCUCGACCUUUUACUUGGGGUAGACUCGCAGAAAGCUAAUGAUUCUGUCAUUUCGGAAGUCGAGAAGCUUGCCAAUACAACCGACGACUUUUCGCUUCCGCUCUGUCAGUUGAAGCUCCAGGUUUUGUUCCAUGCCGACUCUGCAAAUGAAGAUCGAAGCAACCUUGUGGAUGCAAUGUUCAAGACUGUCGUGGCUGAUUCGCGUGCGCACAAACUCCACUGGAUUGAUCUUGUUGCUUUGAUGAGUCCCGAUGCGGUGCGCCAGAUUCGGGAACGGGCCGAGAAAGAGUUCUUUGCGAUUCCGCUUCUUGAAGAGCCGGUGACCUCGCAGAGUAUCACCUCUUUGGAAAAUGCAAAGUUGUAUCUCACAAUCAUUGAAGAGCUUGCCAGCAGCAUCUCCGAUUCCGGGACGCCAUCGAUUGCGCCGCUUCUUGUGGAGAAGAUGGAUCUACUUCUGCACAAGAUUAUCACCUUGCAGUCUGGUCUCAACAAUUCUGAUGAGAAUCGCACCGCCACAUCGGCCGGUCAAGGACGCACGACCUUUGAGCGGUCUCUAGCCUUCUGGUUCUCAGCUCUGCUGCGGAUGGUAGUCAUCCAUCGCGCCUCGUUCAUCCAGCCGUCGCCCACGCUGAAAAUUGGCUCCUCUCACGAGCAGUCCCGCCUUCUCAUAUCAAUCUUCUGCAUUGCACUAUCCCGUCUUCCGGGCGACGUGCUCCGCCACUUCCCAGGCGCAGACUACUUCCCCCGUCAAGGCGCCGUAGAAGACUGCCGCCCCUGCCCAGGAAUCCUACUGCAGACGCAUGCAUUAGAUGUGGCCGCCUCGCUCAUCGAUAUCUUCCCCGACGAGAUCCGACAUCAAUGCGCUCGCUUCCUAAAGGAGAGGUGCCCGCCCUUUGUACCCCUUCAGAACGACUCGCGUUUUCUCUACCUCCUCGGUCCCAUGUCCGAUUCCCACCCGUCCAGUAUCCUCCAGUCGGCAUCCGCCCCUUCUCCCGCGGGAUCUGCAUCCACGCCAACCCCGACAUCCGCCAAUUUCCCUGCCGCUGGCGCUGCAGCCCAGCCCACGCCAUCCAGUCAAUGUGGCGUACUUUCCGAGAACGCGAAUUGCAUAGCAAAUCGACUGCGCCUUCAGAGCCGGGGCCGGAUUGUCGGUCCGUAUCCGAUUCGCCCGUGGGAGUUGCUUGAAGACGCGGCACCCUUCGUGGGCGUUAACGACACUGCGGUGAAUCUGGGCUAUUUCGACGCGAGACGCGUUCGUGUCUAGACCGAGUUCGGAUUUGAGUUGCAGGUUCACGCUGUGCGAUGAUCUACAAUUAAACCCCAUAAUUCCCUUCAUCCGUUAUACCUCUUAUCCUUUUUGCAUCUAUACCGAUUAUGUCCAUUGGUCCUUCAACCACACCAAUUUCUCAUAUUGUCACACAUCCUAUGCCUUUUAUCUUCCUUUCAUCAAACAAGCAUCGACCUUGGGUAACGACAAAUACAUGUUUACGAGUCAAAAUAUUCAUCAGUCUUGUCUUGUCUUGUCUUUCAUGUCGCCAUUUGGACCAUCCUGGUCUGGCCCACCAAGGUCGGGUUAUUCUGCCUGUGGCUCGAACGCUUUGCCUUACCUUGCCCUAGCAUUCGGGGUAUUUUCAUUCUGUUGAUUUAAGGUUCUCAUGGUGUCACGUCAUACUCGCAUCGAGAUGCAUGGGGUUAUCGGCCUUUUAUUUUUGACUUGGUUUUGUAUAUACAGUUUCCGAGGCGUGUGUUUUCUGUAUUUCUGCUUCCUAUCCAUAUCCAUAUCCAUAUACGGGCGUUGUUCGGGCCUGGGAUUGCAAUUAAAAUCAAAUCUGUUUCUGAUUUCUCGGCAUUCAUGCUGUUUUCUAUCUGUCUUCUUCGCGCGUGUCUCUGGUUCAUUGAAGGCCGUAAACUGUACAAUAUUGCACCUCCCCAAUUCAUCUCGUGUGAACCCCAACCCCAACCACCCUCGAUAUCCCGUCAAAAAAACAGCCGCCUAAGUACAGCUAUCACUCCCCGAAAC